UUCCAUGGAGAUAUGGCUAGAGGUAAAGAAAGGACUAGAUUAAGAGGUGGAAGGAGUGGAGGCCGCACUUCUCAUGCUCAUUCAAACAUUGAAGGAUCAAGCAAUACUGAUAGUGUACCAUUUUCAGAUGCCAAUAUUCCAAGUGUUGAGGAAACAGUGAAUGGUAUUGGAUCUCAACAACCCAAUCAAAAUGUUGUAGCUGUUAGUGAUACUCAAGCAAAUUAUGGUAGCAUACAAGAUGUUUCAACCAUUGUUGGGAGAUUACGUAUCACAGUUGUGAAUGGAUUGUUAGAGCCAUCUAGCCAAUGUGCAAGGAUAAUCACAAAAAAGUUUAAGGAAAAAGUUGACUUUGAAGGAUACACAUGGAAAACAGUGUCACAACCUAUAAGAGACUUUUAUUUUGAAGAAUUUCGGAAGCACUUUAUUUGGGAUUCCUCAUUCGAGGCACAAGUAAAGGAAGCUUGGGUUUUGAAAGCUUCACAGCGAUAUAGUGAUUUUUUGAGAGAUAUAAGGGAUGCAACAACAAAACUGGAGUAUCUAAGAGGGUCAAUAUCUAAUGCUGAGCAUGGGAAGAAGCUUGAAUCUAAAUUGGGUCGAAAAGCCACUCCACAUGAGUUUUUUUUGCAUACUCAUACUAAAAAACAUGAUGGAGAAACUUUUGUAGAUAUCAAGUCAAAGACAAUCAAUGAUAAGAUGUUGACUUUGAAACAACAUGCAAUUUCUACGGAAUCUGCAUCAACAAACUCAGGACCUACUCCAGUAGACGAAUUAGCCCUUUAUAUUGAAGCUGUUGGUGGAGAGAAGAAAAGAAGAAUCUAUGGUCUUGGUUCUCAAGCAUCUUCCUAUUAUGGAUGCUCUAAUUCAAAUGUCAAUAACUCAACUGCAACAUCUACUAUAAAAAAUAAUGAAGAUUUACAAAACGAGUUAGCAUCUGUCCGUAAUCAAUUACAAAUCCAAGAGGAGCGGCAUCAACAAGAGCAUCAAGAAACUCAACAAGAGCUUCAACAAACUCGACAAGAGGUGGCUGAAAUGAGAAUGAUGCUACAAUUACUUAUAUCUCAAAAUCAAGCACCUUCUCAAAUAAAUCAAUCAGGUCAUGAUGAAGAUGGUGAUCCCACUCCACCAAAUUAG